AUGGAUGAGAAAGAUUCCGAUGGACAAGAUCACCUUAGAAAUAGAUAUUUCUCGGCAAAAGAGUUGGAAGAAGUCUGUGAAGCUUGGAUUGAAAAGGUCGAUGUAUUUCAAGAAUUCGUGCUUGAGCGAUCCCAAGAUCUUGAUGCCAUCCUCAUUCAAGUAAGACUAGGGACUGCUGAAAUAGAA